GUGCGGCGUCUGUACAGAUGUGAAUGCCUGCAUUGUACAACAAGUCUCAGGACAAUAUCUACGUGCGGCGUCUGUACAGAUGUGAAUGCCUGCAUUGUACAACAAGUCUCAGGACAAUAUCUACGUGCGGCGUCUGUACAGAUGUGAAUGCCUGCAUUGUACAACGUCUCAGGACAAUAUCUACGUGCGGCGUCCGUACAGAUGUGAAUGCCUGCAUUGUACAACGUCUCAGGACAAUAUCUACGUGCGGCGCCCGUACAGAUGUGAAUGUCUGCAUUGUACAAGUCUCAGGACAAUAUCUACGUGCGGCGUCCGUUCCACCAGGAGAUUUUUGUCAGGAAAGACGUGCCAUCAUGAGAGCUCAAAAGAAGAAGAGGGAGCGUUAUCAGAAAUGACAGACGGAGGCCAAGACGACGGACAAAGGCACCACAGCCACGACGGAUGAGAAGAGCUGGGGGGGGGGGGGGGGGGCAUUGUUCGGGCAUUGUUUUUUUCUAUUAAAUUCUCAAGAUCCAAGUUUUUCUUUAGUGGAAUUCAGACUUCUUUUGAAAGAAAAACAACCAAGUACUACUUAAACAGAGGGACCUGAAUAUGAGAAUAAUAUAAUAAUAAAUAGCAUUAGUCGUUAUAAUAAUAAUAAAUAAUAAAUA